AUGUCCGCUUCUACAGGUAUUCAAACCUACAAAUCAGCGCCCGUGAACCCCAACAUGGAAGAAGAAGGCACGCACGCUACAACCUUUCAGCCCGAACCCGCCACCGCAAUCGAGUCACCAGCAAGCGCACGCUCACAACCUCCACCAGCAUUAACACCCGCAACAACAACAGUAACUACAGCAAAAUCCACAGCUCCCCCCAAAUCUCCAAUCCAUACCAUCACUAAGCCCAGCUCAGACCCAGCAUCACCCCAGCCAGGCGCCAUAGCAGUGCAACCAACUCCAACAGCAACAGCCGUGCCUGAAGCAUCACCACCAACAACCUCAUUCCCCGAGACAGCAAUAUCCACGACCCAGAUUCCACCCGCACCCCAACCGGGCGCCCUCCCAUUACCAUCAACAGCAUACACAGGAGCAGGAGCAGUACCCCAAUCCUCCUCUCCAAUCCCCCCACCCCCCAGAGCCGGUGAGGCCAUCUCCCAACCGCCUCCACCAACAGCCCAGCAAACUCAGCAAAGCUACAUGCAAUCCUACUCCUACAGCGCACCAGCCCUUGGCCCGCAGACCACGUCACCGAACUCGACCUCCUCGCCUUAUUCGUCCGUUUAUCCGACGCAGGCAGGAUCAUAUGCUCCGCAGACGCAGACUUUACCGUCACACUACAGCGCCGGUGCUGGGGCUGGGUCUGGUGGUGGUGGUGGGGCGGACAGUAUCUUCCCUGAAGAGGAGGAGGGGUUUAUGGGUGCGGCAAAGGGGUGGAUGAGGUGGUCUGGGAAUAAGUUGGCGGAGGUUGAGAAGGGGGUUUGGAAGAAGUUUAAUGAUGUUCAUGGCUAG